CCGGAAGUAACCUUAGCCGUUGUGCUGAACUGUUUCAAGCGCAGCGUUGAACCCUCUUAACCUAUUUCGAAGAAAACGGGUACAAUAAAUGCCUCGAUAAUUGUUGAUCUAUGUUGCUUAUACGAACCGAUUGACAGCCGUAUGACUCUCUCAUGGAUGACGUGUGUUGAUAGCUUCUGAGGGUGAAGUGGUAGUUAUUGAUUGAAUUAGCAGGUUAGCCGAGCCCCAUCAUGACUGUGGCGGUGUUUUUCGGCUGUACGUUCAUCGCUUUCGGCCCGGCCAUCAGUUUGUUUCUGUUUACAAUCGCCCGGGACCCGCUGCGUGUGAUCUUCCUCAUAGCAGGGGCGUUCUUCUGGCUGGUGUCUUUGCUGCUGUCCUCUCUUGUGUGGUUCAUCACAGUUCAGAUCAGCAACAAGAACAGUGCCACUCAGCAGAGAGGCCUACUCAUUUUUGGAGUCGUGCUCUCUGUUCUGCUUCAGGAGGCUUUCAGAUAUGGUUACUACAGAUUGCUGAAGAAAGCAAAUGAAGGCCUGUUGGCGCUCAGUCAGGAGGACACAAUGCCCAUCUCCAUGCGGCAGCUAGCUUAUGUAUCAGGUCUGGGCUUUGGCUUCAUGAGUGGUGCGUUCUCUGUGGUCAACAUACUCUCGGACUCCUUGGGUCCAGGAACUGUCGGUAUUCAUGGUGACCCUCAGCAUUACUUCAUAUCCUCAGCCUUUAUGACACUGGCCAUUAUCUUGCUGCAUAUGUUCUGGGGGGUUGUUUUCUUUGAGGCGUGUGAGCGACAGAGAUGGUGGGCUCUUGGAGCUGUGGUCAUCAGUCAUCUUAUAGUAUCAUGCCUGACAUUUGUGAACCCACACUAUCAAGGCAGUCUGAUCCCGACCUACAUCAUACUGUCUGUCAUGGCGGCCUGGGCGUACUUAUGUGCUGGAGGAUCUUUGAGGAACCUCAAACUCUGCCUUACCUGUAAAGAUAAAGACUUCCUGCUGGCCAAUCACAGGCCUAGAUAACCCAUCAACUACAAACAGGACUUUCUCCAAAGACCGGCUCACUGAGCCAGUUGGCCGACGACACGGCCAGCAGCCCUGGACUCUGGCUUAUGGUCUAGGUAGUCUGCGUAAGAAUGGUUGCCGAGUAACAGGAAUUUUAUGUCUGCAGAUCUUGCACUUUCUGUAAUUACCUCCUCUUUUGUUUUCCCUUCUGUACCUCAUGUUCUGUGUGUGAGAGAGACACUGAAACCAUGUAAAAGACAGAGAUUGUGUGUGUGUUUUAUACUAAAGAAUUAUGUCUAGAGCUGCUUUCAUAUGUGAUUCUUUCCUCUGUAGCAGAUUUUAAAUGAGGUCUUGUAUAGGUUUGGCAUUUAAAUAGUUUAUUUGUCAGGGUUUCUCCCUUGUAUUUUAUGUUUUACUGACCAAUUAGGCUCAAAUCAUCUGCUAAUAUCAUGUCAUGAGUCUUAGAACAGAUCUCGAAUUCUCUGGAGUGUGGCGUUGUGCUGUCCUUUUAAUUCUAUAAUCUUGUCUUUUAAAAUAUCCUCCUUAACCCUCCCUAGGGCGGCAGUUUAAUUUCCCCGCGGCGUGUAUCGCCAUCCCAGUGGUACUUAAAUGCAUUUAAACUGCUUGGUUUGAAUGAGCAAUCCAGUGGCCACUCUUAAAUGAAACCACUACUCUGAAUCUACAGGAAGCUCGAAGGAUUUUAAAACCUAAGUGGGGUCAGUGCAGUGGUUUCUGUUUAGAUGUCACUUUUAUUAGACUCAUAUGCUUUUAGUUUCCUUUGUAAGACGUAUGACAUUUUCAUUCAUAAUAAAGUAGGUUGAGCUUGAA